AUGGUGGCACAGCGACGAUACUCGGUCACGGGCCAGACACCGCCAGACAAUGCAGAAGUGCUCAAAGCGCGCUCGCCCAAGUUACAGGCCCUCGACACCACCGUGGCCCCGACCAGCUGCGGGCUCUGUUGUGAUGCGAGCGGGACUGAGAGCAACAACAAUAACAAUAACAGUAUCAACAACAACAACAACAACAUGGGCGUCGGUGUGGGUGUUGGUGUAGAUAUGGGUAUGGGUAUGAGUUUGGGUAUGGGUAUAGGGACAGGCACACACACAGGCAGCACAAACACAGGCGGCACAAACACCGGCACAGGCAGCGACGACAGCGGGACAGAGGCUCUGCGAGGGCGCCAAAUGGCUCACGCAGGCAGCACCGUCCUCGUCCGCACCUCGAGCAAGCGGUCGGCCACGCAACUGCCCUCACCUACCUCACCCACGCACUAUCUGCCCCCCAAGAUUGCACGUUACCGCCUCGCCCACCACGGUGAAUCCCACUUCGACCUCGACUUCGGCCUCGAUCACGAUCACGACCACGACUUCCGCCUCGAUACCGACACCGAUUCCGACUCCUCCACCGACACCGACGGCGACUCAGAUGCCACCACCGACUCCUCUUCUCCUUCCCUGCCCGUGAGCGUGGCCAGCCUGUCUGAUGAUGCCCCGCGUCUGGAGCAGCUGCAGCUAUGUGCUGGCCAAGGAGUGGUGGACGACUACGACUACGACGACAAUGAUAAUGAUAACCACAACCUUGACCAUUACCACAAGAGUACCAACAACAGCAAAAUUCAUGACGGAGAUAACAACAACAACAUCACCACCACCGACGGCAACGAAGACGACGACGACAAUGGAAUGGAGGACCUUGCGCUGUCGCCCUCCCAUUCCCGCAAUCACAGCCUCGACCGCAUCUCGCUCGACGAACAGCACAGCCUGCAGACGAGCUGGGAGGCCUACCAAAAGGCUGCCAUGCUGACUACCGAGCUCGAGACAAAGCCAGAGGCGCAGGCGCAAACACAAUCUGUCGUUGAGUCUGUACGCACACCCGUCACCUUGCUCACGCUGCCGCCCGAAAUCCGCCACCAAAUCUACCGCAACUGUGACAACAUGGUCCUUCAUAAGCCUCUUGUCUACUGCAUUUCCACCUUCCAUGGCGAGAUGCAACAUGCGCUUGCUUCCGUUUCGCGCCUUGUGCGCGAAGAAGCCCUUGCCAUCUUCUACAGCUACAAUUUGUGGGUCAUCAAAGUCGAGUUUCGCAUCAUGUACGAUGCAUUCCAGGACUGGAUCAUCCGCCUCGGUCCAGGCGCCCGUCUUCUGCGUCUGGUCAACUUUUCUGUACGCGGCUCUCUCUUCAAGCCACGCCGAACACAUACUCAGAGCGUCAUGUUGAACGGCCACCUCGUACAAGUCACCCCGGGCGCCGCAGCCUUUGAUAAUCUGCCCAACCUGUACUCGCCACCCGACGGAGACGCGAGCUUCCACAUCGAUCUUAGCGAAAAGUACGUCGGCGGAAAAGUCGAGCUUCUUCGCAACGACGGGACCACCGAGGCGGGUGAGAAAGCCAUCGUCUUCCUACGCAAGCUGGUACAAGAUAUAUGGGAAAAGAGACAGGCUGGUACGCUGAAUGGCCAAGACUGGAUCAGCAUGGUUGACGGUUUCAUAACCUUCGUCGGUGGCUGGUGA